UAUCAACAACAACACCAGAACCUCAUAAUUCAGAUGCAAAACUGCGACAAUGGUUUGAACAUUUUAUUUAUUAUUUAACUCUUCUUCGUCCAGUUAAAUUUGGAUUUAGGAGUAACUGUGGAAUCAGUCGACACUCUGAACUGUAUCACAGUUUGUGUUUGUAGUGGGAACUUUCUGAUUUUUGAAUCUCACGUGACUGCCUCCUACUGACACCGUCCCAUAGCACACAAGCACGACUGGUGGUGUUAAUUUCCCUGAUGAACCGCUGCAUGAGGCCAUCUUGUCUCUACAGGACAAAGCAUACAGGAUCAAACACACACAAGGACAUGAAGCUUAUUUGUACAUAGCCUAAAUAGAGGGUUUAUUGAAGAGGAGUGGCUGCAUAGUUAAUGAAGCCAUAAAGUGCACGGUUUUCUCAACUGAUAUGAUGGUUUCCAUUAGGGCUAUACAUCAUUUUAAUAACUUUGUAGAACCUGCUGGGAGAUGGCGUAGCCAAUUACAGCCUCCCCUUCUGGGACGUUCCAGGAUACGGUGGCUGAGUUUGCUCUCAGUGCCCCUGUGCAGAAAGUGAGCUCCAUGAAGACAUGGUUUGCUAAGGUUGGGGUGGAAGUGGUGGAACUCGAGAGACCUGCACCAAGCCCUGACCUCAACCCCACUAAACACCUCUGGGAUGAACUGGAACGCUGACUGCACCCCAGGCCUCCUCACCCGAUAUCAGUGCCUGACCUCACUAAUGCUCUUGUGGCUGAAUGAGCACAAAUCCCCACAGCCACACUCCAAAAUCUAGUGGAAAGCCUUCCCAUGAAGAGUGGAGGCACAUGAACCUGACCAGGACAAAGCAGCUGAUGAAGAUGAAUGAAUGAAUAUUUGGAAGGAUGAGAGGUUGGUUGACAACAGCUGCUACAAUCCAUCAUCAUUAUAUUCAGUGAACUUGGCUCAUCCCUGUAACUUCAGCACACAUACCUUCACGAUUGCAGGGAGCCUGGAGCCUGUCGCAGGGGACUCCGGGCACAGGGCAGGGGACAUCCUGGAUAGGGUGCCAGCCCAUCACAGGGCGCAGUCGCACACACACACACACACACACACACACUGGACAAUUUGGAAAUGCCAGUCAGCCUACAGUGCAUGUCUUUGGACUGGGGGAGGAAACCGGAAGACCCGGAGGAAACCCCCGAAUCACAGGGAGAACAUGCAAACAGCGCAGAAGAUUCGAGCCCCCAAACCCAGAGGUGCGAGGCAACCGUUCUGACCACUAAGCCACCGGGCCCUCCCCCACCCUGAAUCAGACAUGCUUAGUUAAUUUAUAGGUAUCAGGGAAUGUGUUGCAGCUUACAAUAUCAAGCUUUAUUCCUACAGUAACCUAUAAAUCAAGCUUUUAUGACCAAGAUAAAAAUGUUCCAUUUGCAUGAUAACAGCCUGGUCUUAACAGUGCAUUCCAAUGCCAACAUUCAACCAUGGUUUUGGCACUUAAAAAGGCAACUUGGCAUAAAACGAUAUGAGUCUAGCUUUACGUCAGAUAGACAUAAUAUAUUUGCUAGAUUAAAUGUUUCCAGUCGUUUAGCUCUAGAAACUUCCCAGCAAGCCACCUUUUGUUCAACCAUCAGUGGUAACAAGAUGCAAGGCCAAAGCUAGAAAACCUGCCAAGUGGCUCUUGGUUAGCUGACCACUUGUAAAUGUGCCAUCGAUAGACAGACCAUGGCUGGCUUUUUUUUCCUCCCUCACAUCUAGUGGUAAUGAAAGCAAAUUCAAAAGCAGCCAGGUAAGUAUAUCACAUUCAUCAGUAUCACAAUAUCAUUAAAUAUAAGGAUAAAGAAUGAGACUUAAUUUUCUUCUUUCUAUAAUCUUCAACAAAUUCAAAUGAUGUAACUUCAUGUACCUUUAUGAGAUGUCCCAAUCAUGAAAUGUCAAAUAGAUUCAUACAUUAAUGCAAAAGUAAUAAUAUUUCUGAAGCAUUAUAAUGAUUAUAUUUUAAGUGUAGUUAUAGUGGACUGGGGCAAGCAAAAUAUAGAUUUCUGACUGUUGUAGGGUUUAUUAAAGUUCUAAGUUUUUAUUUGAAGUAUACACAUAGGUUAUUAUGAAUGACACUAUGUUCAAAAUGUCAUUUACCUUUAUUUUACAGACAUAUUUAUAAAUAUGGGCCAAUAUUCGAUGUACCAUUUUGUCAUUUUUCACCACAUUUGUUAUUUGGUCUUUUAAUUUGUAAAAAAUUACUAGUUUUACUAGUUUUAUUAUCAAUAUUACUUUUUAAUUAUUAAUAUUUAUUACUAGUAUUAAUUCCAUAAAUGUGUUCAUAACUGAGAAUUGUGCUAAUAUUGAAUGCUCAAUUGUUGAUGCAAAAAUUGCAUAUAGACCAAAUUCAUAGUAAUCUUUAUAAUUGGGGACUAAAGGCAGCAGUUGGCUGUCAUAAGCCACAAUACAAGGUUGGACCAAUCCUGGACAAUUGAUUAUACAAAGCAGCAAAUCUGCAGUGGACUGCUUUAUUGCCUAUGAGCAAAAUGAUAGCUAGCCACUGCAGGCAGCUGGCAGCAGGCCAGUGAUUUUUGCCCUAUAGCCCCGUAUAUAUUGGUAUCACAUACAGUUGAAAUGCUUAGAAUUGACGUGCAUGGCAUUUGAGCUUGGCAUCAGUGGGCCUAUAAAGAUUAUGGUUUGACCAUUUAAACUUUUGUUUUUCUUAAAUAUCUGAGUUAGUUGCUACUUGUUUCGUGCAGCAGGCUACAAUCUCUUCUGCAAAGAAAGACUUUUACAGCCAAUAUCAAAGUCCAUUUUCAUGAGCCUUGGUUUUCCCUUCUGUCUAGUGUGAGUUGCACUGCAUGAUUCCUGUACAAACUCUAGAGCUCUGAGUGCAUAACACUGGCAUACAUGAAACACAUUCAAAAGGAGUUAAGCUAGAUUACGAGAUAAAAGUCAAGAGAACCUAUGUUUGAUUACAGGAUAAAGGAUAUGCAGCACUGGCAGCAUUCCAGUUAUGAGCCCUACUUACCGGUCACAGAGAAAUCGAAUCCAAUCACCAGAGACAUUGAUAAAGCAAGUCCCAAAGAAAUAGUAGAAAUGCUGCAAAAAUGUGAUGCAGAAAUCUUUGAAAGAACAUCACAUGGAAAUCCCAUGUAUCAGACACUGAACAGCUCAUCUGUGGUUCAGACAAUAGUGGAUGUGUCCAAGAGGGUUGAAGUGAUUCUUAAGGAUCCAGAAGACAGUCUGAUUGUCCUGAGUGGCUGUGGGACUUCAGGUCGUGUUGCAUUUCUCUUGGCGACCUCCCUUAAUAGGUGGCUUGCUUCUCAUCAUCAAAAGCAAAUCUAUUCGUACAUCAUUGCUGGAGGUGACAAAGCUCUGCUGACAUCACAGGAAACACCAGAAGACGAUCCCUUGCUGGGAGCUCUCACACUGGGCAAGGUUUGUGUAGGGAAGAAGCACGUCCUCUUCAUUGGAAUAUCCUGUGGCUUGUCUGCACCAUUUGUUGCUGGCCAACUUGAUUUUUGUCUGAGGAAUCUGGAGAUCUUUACUCCAGUGCUGAUUGGAUUUAAUCCUGUUGACAUGGCACGGACUGAACCAAUACAGACCUGCUCGUUUCACUUCAAGGAGGUGGCAGAGAGAAUGAAUGAAAUGCAGAAACAGCAAAAGGCCUACGUGCUCAAUCCAGCAGUAGGGCCAGAAGCAAUCAGUGGAUCAUCAAGAAUGAAAGGAGGAAGUGCCACAAAAAUAAUUCUGGAAACUAUCCUUUUGGCAGGCCAUGAAGCUGCAUACAGUAAGAAAGCAGUAACUUUCAAUGGUAUACUGCACUCACUCAAUAUGUUUGAGAAAGUUCAUCAGAUCACUUACUCACAGACUAAAGAACUGGCAGCCCUGGUUCAAAAAGCAGCAAUAAGCCUCCGAAAGAAAGGACAUGUGUAUUACCUUGGAUGGCAGACUCUUGGUAUUAUUGGGAUUAUUGAUGCUAGUGAAUGCAUUCCGACAUUUGGAGCAGGCUUUGAAGAUAUCAGAGGCUUUGUUCGCAGUGGCUUCAGUGAAAUGAACAACAAAGAGGGAGAUCUAUCAUCUCUAGGACCGCAUUUCAUUAUUGACCACAAGGAUUUUGUGGACACCAUUUUACCCAAUCUGAGUGACAAUGACACAGUGAUAUUUCUCUAUAGUGAGAAUGAUGACCUGAAUGAGGUUUCAGUACUGGCCAAGAAUGUGAGACAGCGCACAUCAAACCUUCAUGCAAUUGCCCAUGAGCUUAAGGGACUCAGUGAUCCUGAAAGAAUGAGAAGCCACUUUAUGACAGUCCUCACUAUUAAGUGGCCCUCAUCAUUGUAUAAGCACAGCCCUGUCCUAAUGACACAGUACUGGGAGCUUUCCACUAAAUGGUGCCUGAAUGUGAUCAGCACAGGGGCUCAUGUCCUUAUUGGAAAAGUGUACAUGAAUUACAUGAUAGACCUCAGAGUAACUAACAGCAAACUCUAUAGAAGAGCCAUUCACAUAUUACAGAGGUUCACGGGCAGCACCCAGGCACAGUGUGAGACAGCUCUGCUAAGAGCCAUCUAUGACGUAGAAGAGCUGAGUGACGAGAUGAGCUCGACUGAUGUCACACAACACACACUGGUGGCUAACAAAAGGGGCAGCGUUGUUCCCAUUGCAUUGGUGAUGCUACAGUCUAGACGCACCAUCGCUGAGGCCAAGUCCUACUUAGAUGCUUAUUCUGUGAUUCGGGAUGCAGUGGCUGCUUGCCAGAGGUUGCUUUAAUAGAGGAGCACUUAAGACUGCAGCAACCUGCUUCUCAAUUCCCAACUGGUUCCUAAAGGGAUUUACUCAUAUUUCAACUUUGUUAAGUGAAAUUACAUUCAUGUUUUUUGAAGAAUCAAGUUGAAUACU